ACAGCUCAGAGGCCCUAUGAAUGCCGUGAGUGUGGGAAAAACUUCAUUAGCAGCUCAUCCCUUUCUAACCAUCAGAGAAUCCACACAGGGGAGCGGCCCUAUGAAUGCCAUGAGUGUGGGAAAAACUUCGCUUACAGAUCAGUCCUUUUUCACCAUCAGAGAAUCCACACAGGGGAGAGGCCCUACGAAUGCCAUGAGUGUGGGAAAAGUUUCAUUAGCAGCUCAGGCCUUUCUAACCAUCAGAGAAUCCACACAGGGGAGAGGCCCUAUGAAUGCAGUGAGUGUGGGAAAAGCUUCACUCACAGAUCAGCCUUUUCUAAACAUCAGAGAAUCCACACAGGGGAGAGGCCCUAUGAAUGCCCUGAGUGUGGGAAAAGCUUCACUCACAGCUCUCACCUUACUGGGCAUCAGAGAAUCCACACAGGAGAGAGGCCCUAUGUAUGCAGUGAAUGUGGGAAAACCUUCACUCAAAGAUCAAGCCUUGUUCUUCAUCAUGAGAGAAUCCACACAGGCGAGAGGCCCUAUGAAUGCAGUGAGUGUGGGAAAAGCUUCACUCACAGAUCAGCCUUUUCUAAACAUCAGAGAAUCCACACAGGGGAGAGGCCCUAUGAAUGCCCUGAGUGUGGGAAAAGCUUCACUCACAGCUCUCACCUUACUGGGCAUCAGAGAAUCCACACAGGAGAGAGGCCUUAUGUAUGCAGUGAAUGUGGGAAAACUUUCAGUCACAGCUCACACCUUAUAGGGCAUCAGAGAAUGCACACAGGGGAGAGGCCUUAUGUAUGCAGUGAAUGUGGGAAA